AUGACGGAACUGGUUCGCGCCGCUGCUAUAUCCCAAGGCUGUGAUAUAUCUUCUUGCAUUAAAGUGGAAAAACUUCCUGAAGGCGACUAUAACAAGGUCUUUCUUAUCAGCCUGCAUGGUGGACACCAAGUGGUUGCGAAAGUGCCUAACAAAAAUGCUGGGUUCCCUUUUUAUACUACAGCUAGCGAGGCUGCCACCAUGAGCUUCGGAAGAAAUGUUGCUGGGCUUCCAAUACCAAAAGUGUAUGUCUGGAAUCCACAUACAUCUGAUAACCAUGUCGGUGCAGAGUACAUCAUUAUGGAAAAGGCCAAAGGUGUCCUGCUGAGCUCCAAAUGGCCAUCCAUGAAAAAGGACCAAAAAAUCAACUUGAUAAAUAACGUUAUUUCACUUGAAAAAUCCCUUUUGAUCCACAACUUCCAACAUAUCGGAAGUUUAUACCAUAAAUCCGACCUUGAUGGAGUGCAAGAUCGCAACAGGUUUUUUGAUACCAGUUAUGGGGAUUUUGUCCUUGGGCCCAGCACCGAAAGAAAUUUUGUAUACGAUGGGAGAAGGGCUGUGAAUACAGAUAAAGGGCCUUCAAAGAGCAAACUCGAUGUGCUAGAUGACUUUGGGAAGAUUGCAGCAUAUCUCCUUCCCAAAGACACAUCUAUACAUAUCCCAGUUUUGUGGCACGGUGAUCUCCAUGACAACAAUAUCUUUGUCGACCCAGAUGAUCCGUCGAAAAUCCUCUCCAUCAUCGAUUGGCAAACUACUCAUAUCGCACCACUUUUCCAACAAGCUCGGACUCCAGAAUUUCUCGACUUCAUCGGCCCUCAUCCAUCCGUUGGCCUUACACCCAUGCCUCCACUACCAGACAAUUUCGAUUCAUUGAGCGCAGCCGAGAAGGAAGAAGCCGAGAAGUUGCAGUCAAAGCAGUCUCUGUUUAAGAUCUACGAAAUACAAUCUGGCCGCAACAACAUGCCUGUCUUCAAGGCGUUGCAGCAUUCACAGACUCUGGGUAUCCAAAUCAUUUCACUUAUAUCCCAAGUGUUCAACGGUGGAGAACCUAUCAUAAAAGGGCAGCUAAUACAACUCGCACUUGACUGGGAAAAAGUUGUGGGCCCAGACGGUCCCCCCUGCCCGCUUCAAUUCACCGAAGCUGAUAUUGCAGCGCAGAGGGUGGAUCAGCAAAAGUGGGAAGAAGGAGUACAAAUGAAAGGGGACGUGUUGGAGGCUCUUGGAGGUUCAGAACAUGGCUGGGCGGGCUGGUCCAGCCAUGAGGAUUACGAUGUGCUCACGAAGAAACUUGCGGUAGUCAAGGAGCAAUUUCUAGAAUACAUGGCUAACAAUGAAGCUGAGAAAGAAGCGUGGGAAAAUGUAUGGCCAUAUAGGGAUGAUUAA